GAGGAGCCCUAUGUGCAUGCUGGGCGUUGCUGUGACGGUUCUCGCUGGGGAAUGGAGGUAGCUUCCCCAUUCCUCAAGCGAUAGUUAAAGUGGUGUUUUCUUGUUCCUAAAAAAGAUUGCGUCAUACUUUGUAGUGGUACCUGUGGAAAGCUUGUUCGAGGAUGGCACUGUUGCAGUGGAGAAAGUUCAACUUCUUUGAAGUAACAAAAGAAGUUGACAAUGGGGCAGUUGCGGAGGCAUUACAGUCCGGUCAGGUGACCUGUACUGCCAGCGGUCGGGGGUACCUGGUGCUGGGUGACAGCCGUGGCCUGGCACACUUCAUCAACCGCCAGCUGGAGGUGGUCUCACACCGCGUGUUUGAUGCGGCUGUGUCGCAGCUCGUACAGCUGCGCUUCUGUCCCGUUCUGGCCGCUGCCGGAGAGGAUGAACUGGGAGUGUCAUCGAUCAAAAUACUGGGCCUGGAACAGUUGGAUGGUGGCGGCGCCCCUCGGCUGUUGCGACAACUAAAACUGCCUCCUGCGGCUGACGGCGGGACCUCAGUCACUUGCCUCAAUGUUCAUGAAAAUCUCCUGUUCAUGUCCGCCGGUUUCACGGACGGUCGUGUCAUCCUGUGGCGCGGUGACGUGACGCGCGAGCGGUCCGGUAAGCACCAGGUGCUGCACGCGGGCGCGGCGCCCGUCACCGGACUGGGCUUCCGCACCUCCGGCAAGACCAGCCACCUAUUUGUGGCCAGCACGCAGGAGGUCUGCUGCUACAACAUCACUUUCAAGGACAAGGAAAACCAGAUCCAGCUGGACCAGGCGGGCUGCUCCCCGCGCUGCGCCGUCAUGUCCGAGGGACUGGCGGAGCCGCAGUUCACCAUCGGCAGGCCGGACGCUAUCUACUGCUACAGCGCGAACGAGCGCGGCGCCUGUUUCGUGUUCGAGGGCGAUAAGCGGCUGCUGCACUGGUUUAAAGGCUACCUGGCCGUGCUGACAGUGGAGCCGGCCCGCGGCGGCGGCUCCGAACCGGCCGCGCCCGACAAGCACGUGCUGACCAUCUACGACGUGAGCAAUAAGUACGUGGCGCUGAGCGUGGCACUGCGUGACGUGACGCACGUGGUGAGCGACUGGGGCCAGCUGUACGUGGUGACGGCCGACCGGCGCCUGCUUCGCCUCACCGAGCGGGACACGCAGGCCAAGCUCAAGGUGCUCUUCAAAAAGAACCUCUACGACAUGGCCAUACGCCUGGCGCAGUCUCAGCAGUACGACGCCGACGGUCUGGUGGACAUCUUCCGGGAGUACGGCGACCACCUGCACGCCAAGGGCGACUUCAACGGCGCUAUCCAGCAGUACAUCAAGACCAUCGGCAAGCUGGAGCCCUCCUACGUCAUCAGAAAGUACCUGGACACCCAGCGCAUCAACGACCUGGCGCUGUACCUGCAGGCACUGCACGCAGCUGGACGGGCCACCGAGGACCACACCACCCUGCUGAUCAACUGUUACACCAAACUGCGCGACACCAUACAGCUGGACAUGUUCAUACAGGGCGAGGACGGCGCGGUGGGGUACGACGUUGACACAGCAGUGCGCGUGUGCCGGAGCUCCGGCUACUACGAGCAGGCGCUGACGAUGGCCCGGCGCCACCAGCAGACGGACCGGGUCAUCGCCAUCCUCACCGAGGAUCUGGCUGACCCGGGCCGCGCGCUGCAGUACGUCGCACAGCUGCCGCAUCAGCAGUGCGAGGCGGCCAUCCUGCGACACGGCGCCGCUCUGCUGAAGGAGCGGCCGCAAGAGACGGUCGAGCUGCUGAAGAAGCUCUGCUGUGCCGAGCCGCAGUUGGAGGCGGAGGCGGAGCUGGCGGUGCCCAUUGAACGGUACCUGGACCUGUUCGUGGCGCAGCCAGACGCCCAGGGCCGGCUUCCUCCAGCACCUGAUGGAGUGCAGCGGACUGAGAGCGCUCUCCGCCUGCUGGACAGCCCGCGACUGGACCUGCCGCUGGCGCUGCACCUCUGCCACUCGCGCGGCUUCCAGCAGGGCACGGCCAAGCUGUACGAGCGUGCCGGCAUGCACUCACAGAUCCUGCAAACACAGCUAGAGGCGGGAGACUACGAGCCGGCGCUGGAGACGUGUCGCCGGUACGGCCAGACACUGCCGCACCUUUGGCUGGAGGCGCUGCGGGCGCUCACCAAGCAGCUGGAGGCGCCGGCCGGCGUCAUCGUCACCGUGCUCGACACGAUCGAGAAGGGCAAGCUUGCGCCGAGUAUGGAGGUGCUGGAGAUGCUGGUGGAGUCUCCGACGCUGGAGCUGGGCACCAUCCGCGACUACAUGAGCCGCACGCUGUCCGCUGACCAGGCCGACAUCGACGCCGACGCGCAGACGGCCGACAAGUACGCGGCCGAGGCCAGCCGCAUCAGAGAGCAGAUACACCGCGAGGAGAACAGCGCCAUGGUGUUCCAGCGGACCAGCUGCGCCGCCUGCAACCAGCAGCUGGAGCUGCCGUCGGUGCACUUCUUCUGCCCGCACUCGUACCACCAGCACUGCUUCCAGAGCUACGCCGACCGCGACGACGACUGUCCGCUCUGCCUGCCCGAGCACAGCCAGCUGCUGAGCGAUCUCCGCAGUCAGUCGGGCGCCGAGGAGACGGAGGCGCAGUUCUUCCAGCAGCUGGAGACGGCCGACGACAUGUUCAGCGUUGUGGCCGACUAUUUCGGCAAGGGCACCUUCUCACGGCCGAGGCCGGAGGAGGCGGCGGCCGAGUCCGGCGCGCCAGAGCUGACGCCCGCCCCGAACGGCAUGAGCGCCUACCUGGCGGCGGGCGCGGCCCUCGCCGACCGCACCGGACCCGGCCUGCCAGCUGCGGACUCGGAGGCACGGGUCCGGGCGGCGGAGCAGCGCUCGCAGCCCACGCAGUCGGUGGCUGAAGGCCGUCUGAGGGCGGCCCAAGCCAGUCAGGUGGCGCCCACUGUGGCCGAGGGACGACUCCGAGCGGCCCAAGUCAGCCAGGUGGCGCCCAGCGUCGCGGAGGGACGCCUCCGGGCGGCCCAAGCCAGCCAGGUGGUCCCCAGUGUCGCGGAGGGCCGGUUAAGGGCGGCAGAGGUCCGCCAGCCGCCGCUGAGCCGACCGACAAGCGAGGGACGGCAGAGGCUGCAGGAGGCGGCGCGGACGGCGGACGCCAAAACCAGAGCUUCCGACCGGCGUCCAGAGAUGGCGCAGACGGUCAGCCGGGCGGCUGCGCCCAACCCUUUUGAAGAGGGUCCGAAUCCAUUUGACGAGGACGCGACGAAUCCAUUCCUGGACGAUGAAGCUGACGCCAGCAAUCCGUUCGCCGGGGAUGCAGACGAAUACGACAAGAGCCUGAAUCCGUUCGAAGAAUAACUUCAGUGUGUAUGGUAACAAUUGGUUAUGCUGAACAUGCCGCGGUAUCUGCAUCAUUGUGCUUAGCUACCAUGCGGUUAUCACGUGGCUGUUGUGUUGGCACUGCGUUGCACUACUUUCCGGUAUUUUACUAGGAACCGAAUCAAUACCGUCGGCUAAUGGCUUCAGUCAGCCACCUUCCUUUUGGCUGAGAGGGUGCAGGAUGGGGAGGGGGUCGGAGCGUGCGCGCGAAAGCCUGUCUUCGUUGCUGUCCUGGAAUACCGCACCGGUCACGGGGGCAGCGGCGCGUGUCUGGGACGGGGUCGCUCCGGGUCCGGCCACUCAUCACCCGUCGGGAGGCGCUGCCAGGGAGCGGAGGUCGUGUCGAGCGGGACGGUCGCCCUCAGCGGGCCCAGCGACGCGGCCGUGCCGGCUGAUGGUCGUUAGUCUGGGGCGCAUCGCUCUCCGUCAGUCCUUGGCGUUCAGAACGUGGAGAGAGCGAUUUUGUUAUUCUAUGUAUCAUGCCGAGUAACGUGUUUGCUUUCUGUGUAUUCACUCGUCAUAUGUUGGGAAAUAUGCUUGUUUGUAAUGCGA